GCAGGAGCCUGUCCUGUUUGCAGUGCCUUAUUUAUUUGAACCUGCUCCUUAAAGUUUUGAAAGCGGUCUAAUCACAUUCUCCUCUCAGCUAAAAGUGUAGUCUGGAGUUACGUCAGACACAGGGGGGAAACUGCACGACAAGCAAAUAAGCGUCUAAGAAGAUUUGCAGGCAUUACUGCUAAACCUGUGUGAGACUGCUCGGUGCUCAACGAUCAAUGUAUUUAAAAAAAACUUUACUGUACACUUGUCAAUAUGUGGUAAGUUAUUUGUUUGAAAGUUUCAGCUGUGGAUCUUGCAACUUGUUCAUUUCUGCGUGACAGAUACAAGUACAACAAAGGAUUUUAUAUGUAUGGAUAAUGAACGGACAAAUGUGGCAUCCAUAACGACUGUGUGCUAACCUUUUUCUAUUGAUUGGUAUGAAAUAUAUAUUUUAAAUAGAUUUAUACAUUUAAAAAAAAAUACAACAUGCCUCAUACUCGGACUAGGAACCCGAGCCCGAUACCCGAAGUGACAUGGGACUCUGGACUGAAAGAAAUGAACGAGACCUGGAAGGGUGCGGUAGCCUGUCUUGGUGUGGCUAUCUUCUUUAUUAUGACUAUUGGGAUCAUUUAUUGGCAAGUGGUCGAUCAACCCAGUAAGAACUGGAUCCUCAAAGGGAGCUUCAGCGGGCUGAUCUGGGAUAGGAGGACCCAUUCCCUUAUCAUACAGACACUGACAGAGGACAAGACCUUCGUGGAAAUCGACGUGGGGAACUUCCCUGCCUUGGAGGUGUCGUUUGUGAAGAACUUGUGCUGGCUCAACAAGACCGAGUUCUGUUACACAUGGGACUCCAUCGCAGACCUGAAAAUCUCCUUAGAAUCUGAAUACUCUCCUGGAACAGAAUGCUACAGCAUCCAAUGGAUACCUCUGCAUUGCCAAGUGGAUUUUAAGGAUUGCUUUUCAAUGGAUAAUAUUUCCUGGUACGGAGGAGCAGGCGUACGCACACAGAACUGGCCUAUUAACAAUGUGAAUAUUGCCUUGCAACCUUUUGUUGUGAGCAACCUGAGAAACAACCCCACAGGUUUCGGAUCAGUCUUAGAAAGAUACUUUUUGGGAUCAUCAGGUGUGGCUUUGUUCAUAGCUCAGGAUAUCCCAGUGCACAUUUCCAUUGACAGUCGGAAGCACUUUUGCUUGCAGACCCCCCUCAGCACUGAACUGGUGCCACUGCAGUACAUGGUGUGUGUCGGUAACAACAUCAAAACUGUCCACCAAGAGGUGGGGAGCCAGCUCUCAGAGCUCCCGAGAGAGCUGCCAAACACACACAUUUUACGGUUACCUUUCUGGAAGCUGUUGGCAAAUGCAGAUUCAGGAGCAAAGGUGGAACGAGAGUUAAGAACAUUCUUCAACCGAUUAAAAAGACACAAACUGGAGGAAGGUGUUAUUAGUAUCAAUGAACAUUCCACAACAAUACUUUCUGACAUGGACCAUGAAUCUUUCUACGGCAGGAAAAAAAGUACUUUGAGACACAUCAGGGACCUCCCACAUGUUAAACUUCUAAACAUUUCCAUUACUUUAUCUCCAUACACAAGCGUUGAUACAAGGCAAUUCCAAACCUCACUGCAAGAGGGACGAGAAGACUACUGGCUCAGCCUUCCCUCCAAAACAGAUGGGUAUCUGGCUCCACUGCUCACCAAAUGGAAAGGAAAGUUUUCUGUGAAGUUGAACAUAACGAAUCAUGCUGCAGUGAACUGGUUUCUGGACAAGGUGAGCAGCUUGCAGGCGAAGCUGGGGGUGGAGUACAUCACCUUGGAAGGUGGGGAGGGAAACCCCUUCACGGAACAGGCCUUGGAGCCUCCCAAGACCCUGGCCGGGGAUGAGUACAUCAGCCUGUUUGCUGAGAUUGCUGCCAAGAUCGGGAACUCAUCAAUAAUAACAGCUGGGACGAGAUCAAACCACUUACCGCUGUUUGUUCGAAUGUCUCCCCUACAGUCAGACUGGAGCUACUCAGGCAUAAAGGGCAUUAUUCCUUCCAUUCUUCACUACAGUCUUCUGGGAUACAAUUUCUUCAUACCUGAUGCAGUAGGAGGUUCCCUGUCAAGUGAAUUUGUAACUGAUGAGGAGCUGUUUAUCCGCUGGCUGCAGAUUGCGACCUUUCUCCCUGUCAUUUCCUUCCGGACGCCACCCUGGGUCUGUGGGGAUCGGGUCCUGAACCUCACAAGAUCGUAUAUACUCAAACACCAGGACUCUGUCGUUCCGCUCAUAAUACAGUAUGCAGAAGAGUGGGUCUCACAAGGCAGGCCUGUCUUUCGACCUGUCUGGUGGAUCAGUCCAGAUGACCCCGUCACCUACACCAUUGAUGACGAGUUUCUUAUUGGAGACGAGGUGCUUGUCGCCCCAGUGACAGAGCGUGGUAAAGUGCAGCGGGAUAUCUACCUGCCAGGCAGUGAAUACCAGUGGAUGGACACAAACAAUGGCAAGGUUUUCGAUGGCGGGACUUUGUUGGAGAAUUACUCGGUCCCCCUUGAAGAAGUGGCUGUUUUCCAGCGAAGGAGUUCAUGAGGCCUGUUAGUUUUCCACACUCGCUUUCUGAGUUGCACUUGCUUCAAAGACCACAGCUGCAGUGCCCCAAGUCAGUACCCUGAGACAUGGUGCAUUUUGUUUCUGCACUUUAUGUGAAAUGAUUUCUAGAUUCAAGAUUUUCUUCUUGCCACAGCAUCAGUUUUGCAUUUACAGUACUGAUUGAACUGUGCGUUUACAUUUAACAGUCUUUAACGUUUACCGAAAUUGGCUUUCCGUUCGACGGAACACCAAAAGGCCAAUAGGAUAAGAAAAUGUGAAGGAUAUUUUCUGUUGUGUAUGAGCCAGGAUAAUGCAUAUUGUAUGAACAAUAAUAUUAGACAAAUCCUUUGAAAGGUGAGCAGAGAGAGCCAGUGAAAAACAGCACUAUCAAAUGAACUGCCCUUAUUUAAAACAGAUUUUGCUUAAAAAAGUAGUAUCUUUUUUUACCUAUUAUUUGCUGUCAACAUUAUUGAUGGUCACCCUAUUGUUAUCUGGUUGAUCUUUUAACUUCAGGAUAUGGCUGUUGGAAAAGGAAAUAUUUGAGCUUCUAACAUUUUUGGAAAACUAUUGAAUCAGCAGCACCAAAUAUAAUAAAAGGCAUUCAACACUAGAUCUCUCAACAUUGGUACAAAACAGCCCUUAACGUUUUGUGAAUAGGGCCCUGAAUUUGAGAAACGUGAUUCCAAAAUAUUAUUGGUUAUUCAGUAAUCAAAAAAAGCUACAAUAAGAAUGACAGUGCAAGUACUGUACUUGAAAACUAAGGACAAUUUCUGGGAUUUCCUUGGUUGUUGCAUGGACUAGAUACUGUACCAUGAAUACUUUUUGAAAAGGGUUUGGUACUGUCUGCUCUUAGCAAUUCUGGCUGAACAUUAUCCAGGGUCUAACUAUCAUUAUGCAAUGGAUUCUACACCUGUAACUACUUGCUACUUAAAACUUUUGUAUCUCCAGAUGCUUGAAUUUCUGGCUUCUUGCAAUUGCUUGAAAUCCAUGUGGUGUUUGCCCUCAAAUUGAAGCUGUAAAAUGUACAACUGCACUGCAGUGACUCGAUCCAUCUGUAUUUCCUCUGGGACCUGGCAUUUGAUUUCUUAUUCUUCUUACACUGUAUUUUCCAAGAAACUCUCAGGUCUGAUAGGUUAACUAUGUCUUAGUGUGGCUUGGUACUUUGUGUUCAUUUUAAUGUCUUAACUUUUUACAGUUUACAUUUUUAUGAAAUUGUUGUCGAUAGGUGUCCUUGUUAUUGAGAGGAAGGUGGCCACAUUUCAAGUUUUUUACUCCCCAAACUGUAAUUAUAUAAAUUUUGCUGGACUAUUAUUGCAAUGGCCUUUACUCAAUUCAGGCGCCCUAAUGUUUAGAUCUGACUCUAAACGUCCCCCUAGUGGGUUAUUGGCCUAACCCAUUUUAAUAAUAUAUUUUGAAUGUAUUGCAACUGUGCUAGCGCUUAUAAGCACCGUUAUGGGAGAGAAGCAGACACAGAAGCUCUUUUAAAGGCUGUUGAAUAAUGCAAGCACUGCCAGCCACGUGUUAAUUUACAUACUAAUUUACAUACUACUUUACAUACUACUUUACAUACCGCUGCCAGUCCUGAGACGACACCUCACACAGCCUCCAGCAGUGUGCAGACAGCCGUGCUUGUUAUAGUAUUUUUAAAACUGAACAGCCUUUUGUUUAAUUAAUGCUAAUGCCAAUAUUCUUAAAAUAAAUAUGACUCCUCCUCAGCACUGACUGAGGCAACCAUAUUACAUCCCUCGUAAAAGCAAAUAGCCCUUCAGAAACGCCAACAGAAAUCACACCCCUUGCUUGUUUAGUUUUUCACUUUAACAUUAUAUACAUUACGUAUUUCUCAAAUAAAACACUUACAGUAAUCACUUGCUGUACUGUGAGUUACAUGGUCUGAAUACAGCUGGGCCAUUGGAGCAAGCAAUCUGAAGCACAGGAAGUGAUUCAGGAACCAGGAUGCAGAAGCACGUUUUAUCCUGUAUGCCUGCAUGUCUUAUAUUAAAGUAACUAAACUUGCAAAUAGCCCAAAUAUCUGCAUUAGAAAAGGGGGUUCAGUUAAAAUGUUGCUGGUGUAAAUGAGUGGUAAGCAAACAGAUGUUUAAAUCGUUGGUUGUCGCUCCUUUAAACUAUGCUUAUUACAUCCUGGAGUAAACUGAGGCCAAGUUCUGGACACAGGGGCAUGUGUUAAAGGCCUUGUGUGUCUGGAGUAGUAUUGUAAUAAAAAUAAGCCAGACACAUUAGACUUUUUGUUUUAAACUGUGAUCCUUUUUGUGCCUUAACUAUUUUAAAAGAUAUUCUCAAAGAAAUCACCAAUGUUUAUGUCUUUUAAAAAAAAAGUCAAUAUUGAUUGUGGUCUAUAUAUUCAUAUAAUACUUUACAACACAUUAAAUCGUUUUUUUAUCAAUAUGUUUCCAAUGUUAUACGUGGCCUAAUCUUGUGCAUGCACUAUAAAUAAUGCUUCGUAAUCAAUGCUUUGUAUAGCUUUCAUUUCCUAGAAUAACUUCCUUAGAAUUGUAGCUAUAUGUAAUGUGUAUAUAACUAACAUUUAUACAUGAAAUCAACUGUAUUUUACAGCAAUCAUUAAAUAUUUUCAUUUUUUGUUGACAGAAUUAUUGUAACUUUUGUUUACAAAACCAAUGUUAAUAAACGUGGUAAAA